GUUACACUACCCAGGACAGGACUCUACUACUCCACAGUGUUACACUACCCAGGACAGACCUCUCCUACUCCACAGUGUCACACUACCCAGGACAGACCUCUUCAUUCUGUCCACUGGUAGACAGCAGCAGAGUCCUCUGGGGUUUGAAUAGAAUAUUGUUGUUGCUGUUGACCCGUCUGAGGAUGUGGAAGAGGAGACCAUCACUUUUUCUACCAUAAGACACAGAACUACUGGAUAUUCAACCAAGAGGAAAGAGACAGAACUACUGGAUAUUCAACCAAGAGGAAAGAGACAGAACUACUGGAUAUUCAACCAAGAGGAAAGACACAGAACUACUGGAUAUUCAACCAAGAGGAAAGACACAGAACUACUGGAUAUUCAACCAAGAGGAAAGAGACAAAUCCCGGAACGUACAAGAACACAUUAUCGAGGGGAACCUCUGUCACCUGUAAUCAUUGUUUUGGAGAAGAGAGGAGGAUUUGACGCCAUCUUGACAACACUCAUCAUCUAGUGAAAACCAGGGAAACACACCAGAGGCCCAGUUGAACAGAACUGUUUGGGACUUUUGCACGUCGCCAUGGCGUCCACAGGUCUACAGCUACUUGGCCUCCUAUUGGCCAUGAUGGGCUGGGUGGGCGGGGCUCUCGUCUGCGCCGCCCCCUUGUGGCGAGUCUCCGCCUUCGCGGGCGGGGAGAUCGUGAUCGCCCAGGUUCUCUGGGAGGGGCUAUGGAUGACGUGUUUGUCCCAGAGUACGGGACAGAUCCAGUGUAAGACUUACGACUCUACCCUGGCCCUCCCCGUCUCCGCCCAGGUGUCCCGUACCCUCUCCGUGCUCUCCCUCCUCUUCUGCCUCUUCGCCCUCCUGCUAGGCGUGGCUGGGGCUAAGUGCACCAAGUGUCUAGGGGAAGGAGCGUACUCGUCCAAGGCUAGGCUAGCCCGCGUGGCUGGGGCUCUGUUCUUCUUCUCUGGGCUGCUCUACCUGAUACCCAUCUGCUGGACGGCCUACGCCGUGGUCAGGGAUUUUUACGAUCCAAAAGUCGCCGCGCCGCUGAAGAGAGAGUUAGGCCCCGCCUUGUAUCUGGGCUGGGGGGCGGGAAUUCUGCUGCUGGUUGGAGGGGCUCUGCUGAACGCAGGCUCCUCCCCUCCAGGGGUUAGGGCGACGCCUACUUUUGGGGGAGGUGGGAGGAGUAACCCACUGCCUGUGGUGGUAGAGGAGAAGGAGUAUGUCUGAACCGUGUCAAACCAGGGUUGUGUUCAUUACUUUGGGAGAAAAUGGACUGAAACAGGGAGGGAUUACCUGAACGUGUCCAAUAAGAAAUGUUCAUUUUCGUUGUCCAUUGUAAAACAUUUUGCAACAUUAUGCCCUAAUGAAUACAACCCCGUCACUAAACACUAAAGUGAAGGAGAGACAGGUCAACAUGUAAAUAAGAAAAUGCUUAGGAUUACGUUUCAGAAAAUGUGCAUGAUUUUUCUCCAUUUCUUAUGACCACUUGUAGACAGCUUUGUUAUUUUGUUAUGACAUCAUCUUCUAGUUGUUUUUAUUAUGACAUCAUCUUCUAGUUGUUUUCAUUAUGACGUCAUCUUCUAGUUGUUUUCAUUAUGACAUCAUCCUCUAGUUGUUUUUAUUCUGAUUUGAGUUUUCUGUGUUAACUUCUUCUUGGUGAGUGUAAUUUAUACAUGAAAUAAUAAAGUAUUUUACAACAUGUUUGUAAUUGCUACUACA